GACAAGCGGGGAAUUUGGUUUCGCGUUCGCGCGCGUCUCUGCUUUUCGCGGAGAUCUCCGAUGUAACAAGUGCUGACAUUUUUUGGUUGUCCCGCGGAACGAAAACUAUCCGAUUCGACGACGGCACAUAUCUGCGCGGGCAAACUGACCGUUAAAUUGACGCGCGACGCAUCGCAUAUCACACACACAUGCGCGUACACACACACUUAACCGCGACAAAGAACAUUCCCGCCGAGUAACCCUUUCGGGAAUUCAAUGUAUCGUAUAUGUAUACAGUAAGCUAAACGCAAACUAUACGGACAUUCCCCAAGGAAGAAGAGAGAGAAAAGAACCGACGCAACUUUUGAGACUGACAUAGAAUCUAGGAAUACAACGUAUUUGUAAACACGCGCGAGCGUCUUUUUUUUUUAUACUCAACGGUCUGUCGAUGCGCGAAAGUGUCAUCCGCAACGGAUGAUUUUGACAGUUCUCGCUUGUUACAUCAGCCGAGAACUCGUCGUCAGUGCCUUAAUCAGCGCGACAUACAUACGCACAUCGUCACGCAUACAUCGCCGUCUUUGUUCGACUACGUUGGACGCUCGAGGCCACGUACUUCUGUGAUAUAUACGACACGGCUGUUUUCUCUCCCCCUUUUUCCCAGCAUAUACAAGGCUAGCCAGCUGCGCCAUUCUUGUUGUGUGACUCCUCAUCAGCCACACUACACAUCCCCUGGUGUUCAUAUUGUAGCUGGGCCGUUGUUGUAGUUAGCUGUUGGUAUCACACACUGCAGGAAUGGACACAUCGGGCUUGCCUGUACCGGAUGCAAUCCACCCGCUGCUCGAACAACUGCAUGAGGCCCUGUUGCUGGAGGUUAAAUAUCAGCCCAAUCUCCACCAAUUACCUACUACGACGCAGAAUGAUGAGAUAACCAUCGGUGCCCGGGACGGAUCUGCUCAUGUGUUAAGAUGCCUGAAAGUGUGGUACGACUUAUCAUCGGACGUGUUCUUCAUGGCCAUCAAUCUGAUGGAUCGCUUUCUGAGCAAGAUGAAGGCGAAGCCAAAGCACAUGGCCUGCAUCAGCGUGUCCGCAUUUCAUAUUGCCGCCGUCCAAAUGGCGCAGUCUCUGGACGCCGAUCACUUGGUCUCAAUCUCCCAGUGCAAGUGCACCGGCGGCGACCUGAAACGCAUGUCGGAACUGAUACAAAACAAACUGGAAUGGGCUCCCGGCACUCAGCCCAUCACCACGCUGACUUUCCUGCGUUUGUUCAACGACAUGUUCCACACGGUAGCGUCGCAGCUGGGCCUCGGUGAUAUAUACGCCAAUAUUGUCACGGAAUUCGAGCUGCUCCUCCGAUUGGAAAUGGUCGUUUGCGACGGUAAUUGUGCGAGUCUCAGGCCGUCCGAAGUGGCUUUGGUGCUACUCUGCACCUAUUUGGAUGCGGCAGUCAAGCGAUUGGACGCGAACACAGAUGCCACUACGACACCGAUCGACAAUUCAUCCUCACACAAUACAUCCGCUACGCAGGACCAGAUAGUACGACUCGUGCAGUUCGCCGCGGAGCUCAAGAAAAUAUGCAAAAUUUCAGAUGAGAGUUUCUUGUCCACUUACGAGGCGGUGGGCGCUAUACUGAGCAAGUAUAACGCUCAAGAGCAAACACCUCACAGACAAAGGCUAGUCUGGAGACUGUCGUCGCGCACGGCGCGUAUUUUACGCCCGACUGAUAAAUUAACAUCCGUGUUGCCGGCCAUCGCGGAACAUGCUCCGGUUCCUUCUCCGAGCAGAAUCAGGAAAAGCCGUAAGUUUACUCGACGUCAUGGGAAUAAGAGACGUUAAUCUGUGACACCGUCUUAUUAUUCUGAGGACACGGCACUAGCAGUUGAAUGUUCAUCUGACACAGCGAGCAAAAGCAAGAUUCGUUUUCUCCUCCAGUACAAAGAUCAAAGUUUGGCUCGAGAGUACAAACAUCGAUUCACACAUCUCGCAUAAUUGAUUUCUCUCAGAUAUUUCGUUUGUCGCCUGCUGAGAUAUACAUACUGGCGAAAUGUAAGUCCAUUAUCUCACUGCGUUAAUCUCAGCUCAUGUUCUCAUCGCAUCACACACAUAAACACACAAUUCACAUAUUUUAAAGUAUUCGCGCGUACCUUUCAAUAUUUUAUUAAGAGAAGACAAGAUUUUUAAACCCCGUUCCGGCGGUAAGAUCGAAUAUACUACUAAGUGAGGAGAGAGGAAAAUAAGCGCUGUGAGAAAUGAAAGAAUCAGCUGUAAAAUCACCAAUCGAGAAACAUUGAAAUUAAUGUGAUACAAUGUCCAUUAUAGUUAGCAUACCUGGUAGUGUAACACAGCUGAAGGUAUAUAUCUAUAUAUUUGCAAAAUGCGUUAAACGAGAAAAAAAAUAUAAAAGAAGAAAUAUGAAUAAAAAGAAAAAUUGCGAAAGUGUUAAGAGACGUAUAAUGGAAAAGCAGUUAAAAAAUAUAUAUGUAUAAAUAUAUAUAUAUUAUAAAGAUAAGUGGGUUGAAUAUACGAACGAGAGUUGCUAACUUGCGUUUGCUAGCUUCGUCGAAAUGGAAAAAAAGGAAAAAAAGAAAGAUAAUGUUUUAUUGAGUUCUUAAAGAAUAUGCACUUAUCUUCUAUAAUUGCGCGCAUUUACCGAUUGAAGUGCGUGGCCGACGUGAUAAAUAUAUAGAUUGGAUGUUACAGCGAGCGAAUUUCUCGAUACGCAUGUUUGAGAUAAGUAACGAAUGUGACGACCAGACAAGAUUCAUUCAAAAACGUUUCGAGAUGUUCAAAUAUGUAACUCGGAGUGUUCGAGGCGAAUUCUGCUGUAAAACUUUAUGCGUAAGGAAGAACUAUCUUGUUUCUAGUCUUCUUCACUGGAGUCUGUACGAAAUUGACUUGCACACUCUGGGACUAGUUGAAAAAUGAAGUUCUCAUUAUAUCUCGAAAGUUUACGAUUAUAUGGCAUACUUGCGUCACAAUGAAAUGAACGGUAACUUGCUCAUAGCGCGAGAGUGUCAAGGAAACGCGCGCAAUAAGAAUACUCCGAUCUGUCUCCGUUUAUUCGGUAAAGAUCCUCGCUAUUCCGAAAUGCGAGAUGCGAAUACGUGUGAUUAACAUAAGGGGCCUGUGAGGAUGUACGCGUCGUCAAACGACACGUUCGCGAGCAAUUUGCUCGAUAAAAAAGAAAGCAAAAACGUUGAAUUUUUUUAGAUCGUUUAUCCGUAUUUUACAUUUAUUCCUCUCGUCGACUUGUGUCACGCAUCAAAACGAUGUAUCAGGAAUCGAAUAUCUUGAGAAACGAUGUAUCUUGAAUGGAAAGGAAAGGAAAAGAGGAAAGCGACUGCGAUUCGAGUGAUUCUCUUUUUCGAUCUUAGCCAGUUCACGCUAGUCAUAAGUCGUACCGUACUUUCAUCUGAUCAUGAUCUGCAGAAAUACAUUCUCUUUUUGUCCCGUGACAACCUACAUCAAUACAUAUGAAGCAAAUUUAUUCCACGAA